AUGGACAAUCCUCCCUCAAACCGCAAGCGGAGCGGUGUCCGACGUGCGAAUGUGACAGCCUGUCAGCGAUGCAAGUCCCGGAAACAGCGUUGUGAUCAGAACAUCCCGGCGUGUUCAUCCUGUACACGUGCCGGAGUUCCCUGUGUAAGCGUUGACAUAGACGGCCAAUCUGCGCCUCGAAGUUACAUCAAGAGCCUGGAGGAUCGAGUCGCUGAGCUUGAACUUGCACUGCGUAGUCAAGGGGUAGAUACAGAGUCUCUGGCCGGAAGCCGGGUCUCCCAGGAUGCUCUCGAAUCGACACCAGAAGCACCUCAUUCUAGCGAUCUGAAUUUGCUCGGUCUACUUGUUCCUAAGCCAGUUGAUUUACAGCACCCCGAAGACUCAGGCUACCAUGCUCUACUCGACAGUAUCGCCGUACCUGAAACCAUCAAGUUUCCUCCCAAACCGACUGCCAUCCAACUCACCGCCACAUAUUUCGAACACUCAAAUUUCUUCUCACCUGUUCUGGACGAAGAAUCAUUUCACAUUACCAUCGCCGCCUUGUACCAAGAACAGCUUACUCCCGAUCAAGGCACCUCAAUCCAGAAAUUCCAGCUUUGCAUGGUCCUAGCCAUCGCUAUUAGACUUCUCAAUAGGACAGAUUCUGCUGUUCCGACCGUUGCAUCUGACUCGUUCUUCGCAUCAGCUAUUGAAAUACUCACAGAGCGGCCGCAGGCUACGUGGAAAGGCGAUCUUCAACACCUCAAAAACCUUCUCCUCGUCGUACAGUAUACCAUUUUCGCUUCAAAUCUCUCUGCAGCUUGGCACUUUAUCGGUCUAGCGACGCGAUUAGCUAUUGAUCUCGACCUGCUAAACGAAACUCGCCUUUCCGUGACAAACAGCGCGCAUGAAUCUGACGCAGAAGUCAACCAGAGACGUCGGGUAUUCUGGUCCACAUACAUCCUCGAAACAAACCUCUGUGUCAUACUCAAUCGACCGCGAUCAAUACCCGACGAAGCUAUCUUUACGCCCCUCCCCUCAACAAGCGGACCUGAGUCAUCAAGCCCAUUAGCAAACCACUGCGUUCUCUUCCGCCAACUCGAAUACGAAAUCUUUCACACUCUUAACUACAAACCUCCCGCAAAUGGCAACUUCUUCGACUAUAAAGCGUGGAAGAUGGGUAUGAAAAACCGCCUUAUGGAUUGGCAUGCCAAUGUGCCCCCGGUGGACGCAACGUCAAAGCUUGCGCCCCAGAACUUCUUCGACGGCGCUUUGUACAUGACUCUUGUCUCUCUUUUCUCACCAUCUCGCCACUUUCCUCACCUUUCAGAAGAAGAGCUGAGAGAUCUUGCGCAAUAUGCUUCCACAAGCAUUGAGCUCUACAGAGAGGGCUUCAAAGAGGGCAAGUUGAGGUUCUACUGGCGAACGACACCAAACCUGUUCCAGUCUGGUGCAGCCUUGAUCCACUGUAUCAAGAGUCUUACACUCCAAGGCGCAGUGUUUGAUGUGAACGCGUUGAAGAAUCGGGUAUCUGUAUGUUCAACGGUUCUGUGGGGAAUGGCAGAGCGGUAUCCUCCUGGAGCUUCAUAUCGUGACCGCUUUGAUGAGAUGUCAGCCACUAUUGACGAGAUGGCUUCCGAGCUCCCGAUGGAUAUCUCAAGUGAGUUUUUGUUUGGGCAUAAUGGUAUCCCAUCAUUGGAUCUAGAUGGGACGGCGACGUUAUGGACAACUCCGCCUACUCUGGAUCCGUGGAUAUUCGAUCCAACAUAA